CAGCGGCAAACUCGGCACACCGAGUCCAGUAGUACACUUUGCCCUUGUGACAUUGGGCUUAUUCAGUGCAACAAUUUCAAGGACACUCUUGACGACGACUGUCUCUAAUACACUCUCCUGAGAUUUGGUUCUAGUCGGGACCUCUAUUAGCCAUACCCGACGAUCUUCCCUGGUUUUGACGUGUCACAAUGGCUAUCCUUUCGACACCACUGCAAUACAUCAAAUCUGUACCACCGGUGACGCGUUUUUUUACUGCGGCCACCUUAGCUUUCUCCACAUUGUACCUUUGGAUAAGAUGGACCACAGGCCCUACACCGGUUGCUUACUUGACAUUGGUACCUGGAACAAGCCUGUUCUUUCCUUGGACAUUUGCAACCUCAGCCCUGGUCGAAAUAAGCGUCGUCGAGCUCAUUAUCUCACUUCUUGUCGUUCCCGCUUCGUUAGCUUAUUUUGAGCGCCUGUGGGGGACUGUUGAAACUAUCAAGUUUAUUGUCGUAUGCGUGACUGGGCCGAAUAUCAUCGGGUGCGCCUUCAACUGGAUCGAAUUCGCUGUGACGCGUAAUGCCGAGUUGUUCUUGUAUGGCAUGGAGUAUCACGGUCAAAUGGCACUAUUUAUCAGCCUACUUGUUUCGUUUACUCAAGUUAUCCCCGAGCAUCAAGUUCAAAUUUUGGGCUUUAUCAAGGCCCGAGUCAAGAGGCUUCCUAUGGCGUACUUGACUUUUUCGACCGUGAUGACAUUACUUGGCUUCCAAAGCCCAUAUAUUCUCAUCCAGUUUGGCUGGUUUGUGUCAUGGAUAUACCUCCGCUUCUAUAAGCGCAAUGUUAGUGACACUCUAGGAGGCGUAGUGUCAUACGGAGACCGGAGCGAAACAUUUGCCUUGAUAAGCUGGUUCCCACCAUUCCUUCACACACCACUAUCAUGGCUCGGAAACACAGUAUACAAACUUGCAACACGUCUCCACCUUCUUCCUACUUCUGUGCCUCAUGACAUUGAAUCUGGAGGGUAUAGCCAGGUGCCAGGUGGAGCUCGAGCCGAAGCUGAAAGGCGACGGGCACUUGCACUGAAGGCACUUGACCAACGAUUGGCCAACUCUUCCAGUGGUUCACCAACUCAGAGCGGAGUAUCUCAAGCUCAGUCUUCAAGACCCUCACCUGCCGUGCCUGCUCCAGCACAAAGUGAAAGAAAAUCUAGCCCGGUGGAAAUGGAUGUAGCAGACACAUCAGGCUCUGAUGAUGGGAGAAGAUAGUGUAUGGCGUAAUGAUCAUCAUCAGCUAGUAUCCAUGGAGCACAUCUCACGUCUUCAUUUUCAUUUGUCCAACUACAUAGCAAUAGCCCUCAUGGUUACGUAAUAUACCAACUCUGCUGAACCA